AUGCACGGCAUUGAACCAGGUGCUAUUAUAACAGAUCAGGAUAGAGCAAUGUGUAAUGCUAUUCACUCAGUGUUUCCAACGACAACACAUCGUUAUUGCUAUUGGCACAUGCAAAAGCAUAUUAUUGAUCAUUUGCCUACUUUGGUAUCUCGUUAUGGUGAACAGUUUCAAAUGUAUUGGGGCUUGUGGUGCAAUAGUUCUUCAAUUGAACAGGCUGAAGGAUAUUGGGUUGAGAUGAAAGAGAAGUUUGAUAUAAAUGAAGAAGGGGAGGGAUGGUUGCAAACAGUUUACAAAUGCAAAGAACACUGGGUGCCGUGUUAUCUGAAGGACACUUUUUUUUCUGGAAUGAGAUCAAGCCAAAGGAGUGAAAUAACUCAUCGUCGCUUAAGUGAAGCCCAUGAAGAUUUUAAGAGUCUGAACACAAAGCCGGUCAUACUCCUUGGACAUCCAAUUGAGGUCCAAGCUGGAGAAAUGUAUACACGCAAUAUGUUUGAUGUGUUCCAUACUGAAUUCAAAGGAUUUAGUACAGAGUUCUGUGAAGAAUUGAGAAAAGAUGGGGACAUUGUUGAAUACAAGGUUUGUAAGUUUACAGAUAGAGGAAAAUGGGAGGUGGUUACUUAUGAACAGUCCAGUCAGAUGGAGUUCCGUUGCACUUGUGCUUUGUUUGAAACUAAUGGUGUGCUAUGUAGACAUAUAUUAUCGCUAAUGAUGGCUAGGCAGAUGGAUUCAUUACCCGACCACUACAUCCUACACCGUUGGACCAUACAUGCAAGGCAUCGUAACAUUGGGGUUGGCAACAUCGUAUUUGGAAGAAACAUCACCAGCUGUGAAGGGAAGAUUAAUUUAUUGAAAUCUUGGGCUUUAAGAGCAAAAUUCAAUAAUGUGCUUGAGCUUGCAUUUGAUUCAGAAGAGAAGCUGCAACAACUUGAUGAUGUUAGACCCAAGAGGGGGCUUGCAUUUGAUUCAGAAGAGACGCUGCAACAACUUGAUGAUGUGCUAACAAAGUUCAUGGAAUCACUUGAAGAAGAAGUUGGAGAAACUCAAGAUCAAUUGAUGGAUAUUCCUCAACCUUCCGCACCCAUUUCACAUACAAUAGAGAACAUUCCUCAGAUAACAGUUCGUGAUCCUGAUAGACCUGCAAGGACUAAAGGUCGUCCACGCAAUGCUACUAGAAUCCAGUCAGAUGAGGUGGCAGUACACAUGGGACCAAGUAAUGCUGUGAGCCAUCUAGUUUGGAUGCAGAAAUAUUCGGCAGAUGGGCUCUUCUUUCGUACGGUUGCAAAAAUAAAAAUGUCUGACUUAAUGUAA